AUGGCCGCAGAAACAUUCGCCUUCCAGGCGGAAAUCUCUCAGCUCCUGUCCCUCAUCAUCAACACUGUGUACAGCAAUAAGGAGAUUUUCCUACGAGAACUCAUCUCGAAUUCCUCCGAUGCCCUUGACAAGAUCCGCUAUUCUGCUCUUUCCGACCCAAGCAUGCUCGACUCAGGCAAAGACCUCCGUGUCGACAUCAUUCCCGACAAAGAGAACAAGACCCUGACUAUCCGUGAUACUGGUAUUGGCAUGACCAAAGCCGAUCUCGUCAACAACCUUGGCACGAUCGCCCGCUCCGGCACCAAGCAAUUUAUGGAAGCUCUUACCGCUGGUGCUGAUAUUUCCAUGAUUGGCCAAUUCGGUGUUGGUUUCUACUCUGCCUACCUCGUUGCCGACAAAGUCACCGUCGUUUCCAAGCACAACGAUGACGAGCAGUACAUCUGGGAGUCCAGCGCUGGUGGUACCUUCACCCUGACACAGGAUGAGGAGGGCGAGCAGCUCGGCCGUGGUACCAAGAUCAUCUUGUACUUGAAGGAUGAGCAGACGGACUACUUGAACGAGAGCAAGAUCAAGGAAGUCGUCAAGAAGCACUCCGAAUUCAUCUCUUACCCCAUCUACCUUCACGUCAUGAAAGAGACCGAGAAGGACGUCCCAGAUGAGGACGCCGAGGAGUCUAAGGAUGGCGAAGAAGAAGAUGAGGAGAAGAAGGCUAAGAUCGAGGAGGUAGAAGACGAGGAUGAGGAGAAAGAAAAGAAGAAGCCGAAGACCAAGAAGGUCAAGGAGAGCAAGAUCGAGGAAGAGGAGUUGAACAAGACGAAGCCCAUCUGGACUCGGAAUCCCCAAGACAUCACUGCUGAGGAGUACGGAUCUUUCUACAAAACACUGUCAAAUGACUGGGAAGACCACUUGGCCGUCAAGCAUUUCUCCGUUGAGGGUCAGCUUGAGUUCCGCGCUAUCCUCUUCGUGCCAAAGCGUGCGCCGUUUGAUCUCUUCGAGACUAAGAAGACAAAGAACAACAUCAAACUCUAUGUUCGACGUGUCUUCAUCACUGACGACGCUACCGAUCUUAUCCCAGAGUGGCUCAGCUUCGUCAAGGGUGUUGUCGACUCUGAGGAUCUUCCUCUAAACUUGUCCCGUGAGACCCUUCAACAGAACAAGAUCAUGAAGGUUAUCAAGAAGAACAUCGUCAAGAAGACGCUUGAGCUCUUCAACGAGAUCGCCGAGGACCGUGAGCAAUUCGACAAAUUUUAUACGGCCUUCAGCAAGAACAUCAAGCUUGGCAUUCACGAGGAUUCGCAAAACCGUCAAUCUCUCGCCAAGCUUCUCCGAUUCAACUCCACCAAGUCUGGAGAGGAGACCACUUCGCUGGCUGACUACAUCACUCGUAUGCCCGAGCACCAGAAGAAUAUGUACUACAUCACUGGCGAGUCCUUGAAGGCAGUCCAGAAAUCGCCUUUCUUGGAUUCCCUCAAGGAGAAGGGAUUCGAGGUUCUGUUCCUCGUCGACCCUAUCGAUGAGUAUGCCAUGACUCAGCUCAAGGAAUUCGAAUCCAAGAAGCUUGUCGACAUCACCAAAGACUUCGAGCUUGAGGAGACCGAGGACGAGAAGAAAGAGCGUGAGGCCGAAGAGAAGGAGUAUGAGCCUCUCGCCAAGGCGCUAAAGAACGUACUUGGCGACAAGGUUGAGAAGGUCGUUGUUAGCCACAAGCUCACUGGUGCACCCUGCGCAAUCCGCACCGGCCAAUUCGGCUGGUCUGCCAACAUGGAGCGUAUCAUGAAAGCCCAAGCUCUCCGUGACACCUCGAUGAGUUCUUAUAUGUCAUCGAAGAAGACCUUUGAGAUCUCGCCCAAGUCAUCCAUCAUCAAGGAACUCAGAAAGAAGGUCGAUGCCGAUGGCGAGAACGACCGUACCGUCAAGUCUAUUACUCAACUCCUCUUCGAGACAUCGCUACUGGUUUCCGGCUUCACCAUUGAUGAGCCAGCAGGCUUCGCCGAGCGUAUCCACAAGCUUGUCUCACUGGGUCUGAACGUUGAUGAGGAGGCAGAAACGAGCGAGGAGAAAGCUGCAGAGGAGAGUGCGGCGCCCGCUGAGGAGGGCGCGGGGGAGAGCGCGAUGGAGGAAGUUGACUAG